AUGGCCAAUGAGCCGGCUCGCUCAUGGCAUCCAGCCAUGAUGCCGAACAGUGCGGCCGAUCUCGUCGAAAAAGUCCCCGAGACUGAACACAAAUCCGUGCAUGGCAAAGUCCAAUCGAAUCGAAACCAGGAUCAGGACCCUGGAGAUGCCUGGCCUGGUCAACAAGAGGAAACGGAAGGCCACGCAUGGCUUGAUUCGGAAGAAGACUAUCCUAUGCAGGUCGGCGAAUCUCCGCAACUGCCAGAGGUUACGCGAAAUGCCGAGGCGGAGAAGGCAUCCCAGUCUUCCCAGACUCCGACACCCAAAGCGGCGACAGAAGUAGAGAGCACGGUAAAUGCUUCGGUGACGAAUGAAGACGAUGGAGUCGGUGGUGCUUGGCUGUUAGAUGAAGAACCAACAAUCGAACCAGCUCCAGUCGCAGAGCAACGCGAGCCAUCGCAGGAAACGCUGGCGGGGCACCCUGACCUUGAAUCAUCAAACCAAGAGCCAACCCUUGAUAUGAGUCCCAUCAAUGUCAAGCCGAAACCUGAAGCUUUCACGCCAUCUGCGGCUCAACAUUCUAGCUCCAUGUCGUUUGCCCGUACGGUCUCUCACGAAAUCAACUUCGGCGACGAUGAUGAUACGGAAUUAAGCUCGGAAAAAGCCACUACGGAUGCAUUUCAAUUUAUGCCUCCCAAGGAGAGGACCAACUCGUUUCCUCCUGUGCCGCCCAGAGUUCCUCAGUCGGAUGCACGUGAUGACCUGCCCCUACCUUGCAAUCAAGCCACAUAUAUCAUGGAAGAAGAUGAAAAAGACGCUGAAAUCGCGGCCAAGGAUUACCUGAUGCGCAGCCCUGAAGGCGAAAGCUCUCCCUCUUGGCGAAGACUUGAUGCUUCACACCCUCAUCAUGCAACAGUAUCCCGCUCCGUUGGAGGUGAUUUGGACGAGGCCGCGCCAACGGCAGAAGAAUCUCGUUUCGGUGAAGGUCUGCCAUUGAUUCCGCAUGCUCCGGCAGCCGAUGAACAUGCUGAAAGAAACGUUGCGGCCAAGCCGGAUGCUUUUCAUGACGAGCGUGAGACCGAGGAUGACUUUUUUGGCCAAAUCCAGGACAAGCCCGCAGAACCCGUCCCAGAAGAUGGUACGAAUCUUCUGCAGAGGAAGUCGACUUUGCAGGUCAUCGAAGCACUUGGUGAUGGUGGACUUUUUAUUCGGCAAGAUAGCCCUCAUGAGGCGAUUGGGGCACACGUUGAUGAGGCAGCACAGGGCGUCGCGUUGGGCACCCUGGAGACAAUGAAGCAAGAGCCAGAGCCAGCGACGGAAGAUCUAGCAUCUAAAUGGGAGCAAGCUUUUGGAGAAGGAGACGAAGACGACUUUCUUUUGGAGGAUUCCGCUGAAGAGAAUAAGGAUUUCGAUGCGACGGCGUUUCUUGGCAGCGACGAUGAGGGUUUUCUCGAAGAUGACGCUGAUGAACCGAACACAGCUUCUGUCACUGCUCAACCAUAUCAGCAGCCCGCGGUAAACCCUUACGCUCCAGUUGUCGCAACACCACUCCAAACCGCUCCGUACGCAGCAACUGCAUCUGCGACUGCUCCUACCCAGGCCUAUGGAUACAGACAGCAAACUCCAGCAGCGCCGAAUGGUAUUGCUGCGCAGCAUGGGCUUGCACCGGAGCCUCCCCGCCUUGAUGCUACUACAAGGACGGAAAGCUUUGCCGAUAAAUCAAAAGGGGGGUACUCUUCGCCGUACGACUUGCCCACUGGUCUGAUAAAGGCUGUCAAGCCGAGGAAGCGACCUAGUCUUCAGCAAUUACCCUCGGAAAGGGCUCCGCCUCCUCCUAGAAGUGCUAGUAUGUAUUCCCCAGGAAUGUCUCCGGCUGCUUCAUUUCCGCCGACUUCUUCGUCAGCUCCGCCUCCUACUAGCCAGCAGCCUCAAGGACAACCGCCCCUGAGUCAGAGGACCUCUGCGACAUCACUUCACUCCAAAUCCAGCUUUUUUGAAGAACUUCCGAUGUCAUCCAGGCCGAGACCGGCCUCUAGACAGAGCCACAGUUCACCCACAGUUGGCCAGUACAUGCCUGCGAAACCACCUCAGGCUGUACCACUACCAUCGCCGUCUCAUAUAGUACCUCCUCCAGUAUCCCGUAUUGCUCCAGCACCUGGACCUGAAGCUGUCCAUGCUCUUCCAGCUACUGUUCAAUCACAUGGCACGAAGGAAGAAGUGCAGAAAUCGCCUGGUAUAGCCAAUUUAGUCGCUCCCCCAAAGGCUAACCCAUACGCUGCUCUUCAGUCUCACCCUACUGCCAUGACUCCUUCAUCCAGCAACUCGUCUCGCUAUUCCCCAGCGCUUCCUGGUCAACAGGGCGGUGGUGUAUCAAUUUCCAGUCGUUACUCCCCAGCACCGUCUGCUGGAUCGCGGCCUAACAGCUCGUACGGUUCCGGUCCAUCUCACAACGUUCUACCUCACCUACCGAGGACGUCAAGCCCCUUGGCUCACUUCGAGACCAGCAGUGCCACAGAAUCGCAAAAUUCCGAACGUCGGGCGAAUGCUUCAUUUGAGCCCAGACUCAACCGAGUUGCUUCUCUUCCACCAACUCGAGAGGUAGACGAGGAAGAUGAAGAGGGAGUUUCGACAGGAAACCGUUCCUUCAGCGCCAGUAAUGCGGCACGUUCUCCCGGAAUAAGCGCUACGGAAACCCGAUAUAGCCCAGUGCCGGGUGACGUGUCGGCUCAACGUACGCCUCUAGUGUCCCCUGGUGUCAGUAGACCGAUCGGUGCAUCGUCACCACCGAAAAGAGCCAGCUUAAGCCACGUUCCCCAGGUUUCCGCAGGGUCAGUGAAUCCCGCAAGCUCGUUUGCAUCACCCUCUGGUGGGCAAAUUCAAUCCUCCACUGCUAUACACCCCAAGCCUCUGAGGGGUAGCAAGCAGGCCGACUAUGGUCCUAGACCCCCAUCCGCGCAUUCCCCUACGGCACCAGGUAUGGCAAAGCCAUAUCAGCCUCUCCAUGCGACAACAAACCCCCGAAAUCGUGGUCAGAUACUGGCAAGUAGUAUGCCACCCACGGACGGUAGACAGCACGAUCCACUGGAGCGAUGGAGGGGAGCUCCUGUCAUGACAUGGGGAGUCGGUGGUACUUUCAUCACCACAUUCCCCAAGAGCACCCCUCGGUAUGGUAUUGGCCAAACCGCUCCAACUAUGAUCCGUACGGUGGGAGAGGUCAAGGUCCAGAAUAUCAAGGAUAUCGACCUUCUUCCAGACCUCCUUGCCAAGUUUCCGGGUCCGUUGAAAGGAAAAUCUAAGAAGAAGGAAGCUAUUGCGUGGCUCUCGGCUGGCAUUGAAUCACUGGAAAAGGAAAUUCCUGAUGUGUCCUUCCAACCUCAAUUAUCUUUGGAAACGAAACGAUCUUUUGAGCGUUUGCUGCUGUGGAAGCUGCUGCGAAUCUUUGUAGAACAUGACGGUGUAUUGGAAGGAACCCCUGCCGUUGACAAAGCUGUUCGGGAGGUUCUUGCCCCCGAGACCACAGAGUUGCGGAACGAAGGUGUGCCGCUUUUUACAGGAGCAGAAACCGCUGGAUCCGCCGAUACCUCGAUGAAAGCGGACGGCGUGGAUUCUGCCUCCAUUGAGAAGAUCCGGUUGGACUUGCUGAAGGGAGAUCGAGAGUCUGCUGUCUGGGCAGCGGCUGAUAAGCGUCUCUGGGGCCAUGCCAUGAUUAUUGCUCAAACAGUUUCGCCAGAACUCUACAAGCAAGUCUCACAAGAGUUCGUACGCAAGGAGGUCAACUACCCCGGCCACAACAACGAGUCGCUGGCUGCCCUUUACAAGAUCUUGUCCGGCAAUUACGACGAUUGUGUCGAUGAACUCGUUCCUUCGCACGCUCGUGCGGGGCUGCAACUUGUGUCUACCGAAGUCUCUUCUGGUCCUACCAAGGAUGCCACGGCUGGCCUUGAUAAGUGGCGCGAGACAUUGACGCUCGUGUUGAGCAAUCGGAGUCGGGACGAUGCCCGCGGAUUGCAUGCCCUUGGCAAGCUUUUGUCUAGUUAUGGACGGACUGAGGCUGCUCAUAUUUGCUUCAUUUUUAGCCGUAGCUUGUCAGUCUUUAGCGGAUCGGAUAAUCCCGAAUGCGAUCUUGUCCUGGUUGGCUCGGACCACAGCAGACAACAAGAACAGUUCGCCAAAGAGGCACAAGCGCUUCAACUCAGUGAGAUAUACGAGUACGGUCUUGCACUAGGAGGCAGCGUCGCGGCAGCGGCAGGAGCGCCGCAUCUUGCCGCAUACAAGCUUCAGCAUGCCGUGGUUCUUGCUGAACAUGGUUUCCGUGAGAAGGCGCUGCAGUAUUGCGAUGCUAUCUCAUCAGCCAUCGUCGCACAGACACGGAGAUCGCCGUACCAUCACCAUAUUGUUGAAGUUUGUGUGGAAGAUUUCAUGACGAGACUCAAACAAGCCCCUAAGGAAGCUUCAUCUUCAUGGAUAUCUAAGCCAACCAUGGGCAAGGUCUCUGAUAGUGUGUGGAACAGAUUCAACAAGUUUGUGUCAGGGGAUGAGGAUGGCAAUGGUCAUACCGGGGCAGAUGGCGAUAACGGACCAUUUGCUCGAAUUGCCUCUUCACCCAGUAUCUCGAGGCCACCGUCCACAUCCAAAUUUGAUGUUUAUGGCUCGUCACCGAGUUAUCAUACCACGCUGGCUGGUGCUGCAACAGGAGUGGCAGCAUCGCGCUAUGGCCCCACAUCAACUCCUCUAUACGCGAACGACAAUGCCAAUCCCUAUGCUCCCGUGGCACAAGCACAACAUGCCCCAGCUUCAACACCGGGAAUCACCAACCAGGAGUAUGCCUCCAGCCCUUAUGAGCAAAACUACCCAGGCAAUACCCAUGCAAAAUCAUACUUUGAUGGUUAUCACCCAGUAAGCUAUUCAGGGACUGCUUCAUCUGGAUAUCAAACGGUUGAGUCUCCAGCAAUGGCACAUGCGGGACCAGCAUCAGGGCCGCAACCUACACUGACCGAUGGGAACCGACCCCAUCAGCUUCAGGAUUCGCCAGUUAUACACCAUCAGCAACCCAAGGGCGACAACUCCAACAACGGCUACCGACCAUCGGCAUAUGGAUAUGAGGCUCAUCAAGCAGGCGCCGCCGCGGACAGCAAUCAACAAGAAGAGGCGGGAAGCAGUGGGUACGAACCGCCUUCCUCCCAAUCAUAUGGCUAUGAGCCCCCUUCAUACCAGCCAGACGUCGAGGAGGAUGACGCCCCCAAGCCCAAGAAGAAAAGCUUCAUGGAUGACGACGACGACGACGACAUCCCAGCUCUAAGGAGGCCGCAAGAGCAGAGUAAAGCAGAGAAAGACCGCGAGAACGAAGAGAUGUUUCGCAAAGCUGCCGAGGAAGAUGCCAAACGAGCAGCAGCAGCAGCGGCCACCAAAAAGGGAUGGGGUUUCGGUGGCUGGUUCGGAAGCAGCAAGAAACCCGAGGGUAGCAUCGGCGAGUCAUCACCAGGCAAGCCCAUCAAAGCCAAGCUUGGAGAACAAAGCAGCUUUGUCUACGAUCCCGAUCUGAAACGCUGGAUCAACAAGAAGGCAGGCGCCGAGAACGUCGAAGCGAAGAAAGCUACCCCCCCACCGCCUCGGGCUGGCUCUCGCUCGGCGAGCGGAACGCCGCCUCCUCCAGCUGGCGCUCCACCCGCGACUGGAAGAGCGAGUGUCCCUCCCAUGGCAGUGCCGUUCCGCUCCAUAUCCAGUACCGUGACUUCGACACAAUCGACGGACAACUCGACAGCAAGAAGCAGCCCUCCUUCCGCCAUGCAACGGUCGGCAUCUGCCACCCAUGUCGAAACAGAACGUCCACCGACAGCUCCGCCCAGUCGACCGGGCACAAGCAUGGGCAACGCAAGCAGUAUCGACGACCUGUUGGGUGCGCCCGGACCACGCAAAGCUGGCCAGAAGAAGCCAAGAAAGAGUGGUCGGUAUAUAGAUGUCAUGGCCAAAUAA